GAAACAAUAUUCCGACGGUCUGACAGCUGCACCAAGAUCCAUUAUAAGCGUCCAAUAAUUUUCAUUGAUCACUAAUGGCAAUUAUGUAAGAAUUUUUAUCCCAGCUAAGAUCAACCAGUUGCAUAAUCGAACGUUAACUGCACUCCAAUUAUCGUAAUUAAUAGUACGUCAAGAAUCGUUAUUAACUUAAUAUCAACUAGUAGAUUGUCGGCUUGUUUUCUUAAACAAGCAUCAAUCUCGAUCUCGAUGUGCUAUUGUCACGAACAUGUAAUUUUUUAACGAAUAAAUCUCUGAUCCGGAAGAUCGUUAAAAAUCUGUCGUUAUCGAGAUAACUGACGACUUCUUUCUGCUACGGCAUUGUUACAACAGAGAGUCAAAGAAUCAUCGAAUUUUGACGAAGAACGAAAAUUCACAGGAAUCGCGAAACAACGCGCGUACAUUUAAUUCCAUUGUUCGAAUCCGGUUCGUGACAUAAGGACAUUUCAUAUGUUAAUCGCCGUAUUAUUGACGCAUUAUUGUUCAUCAUUGAUUCGCCGGUUUUGUUGUUUUUUUCUUCGUUCCUCUCUUCUCUACCAGGAAGAUCGAGCGAGAAUCUCUCUACGAGUCUUUCCCUUCUAUCUGAUUCAUGGCAUCACACAAGUUUACUUGACCAUCAGUUUAGUCUUGAACUGCAUGCCACGCGGAUUGGUUUAUCAGCACCGUUUGUUUCGUUCCUGCUUGUUGACUAUAAAGAUGUGCAGCGUCGCGUUCGUUUUAUUUCUCGUCGUCUUGGCAUCCGCGAUCGAGGAACAACUCUACGAAGGCAGCCAGUGUAUACUGGAGAGCGGUGACACCGGCAUCUGCAAGAAAUUACCCGAAUGUAUGCCCAGAUUGAAAGAGGUCCAGGAAGGUACAAGACAGUUGGACUCCUCGGGAAGAUGCGGAUUCGAAGGUUUCAUUGAGAUUGUUUGCUGUCCAGUAAACGUCAUAAACAAGACAUCACCUCGUUUAGCUGAUGUUGCUUGCCAAGAAUAUCUCGACGAGCGACAGUACGAUCUGUCUUUUCACAUAUAUCGUGGAACAGAGGCUAAAUCUGGCGAAUUCCCAUACGUAGUGGCUUUAGGAUACGAGGACGGUCUCAAAAAUCUCUCAUCCAUCAGUUACAGCUGCGGAGGUAGCUUGAUCUCCGUUGAACACGUGUUAACAGCAGCUCACUGUGUGAGCAACAUUAACGAACUAGUGCCAACAGAAGUUCGAUUAGGAAACGAGAGCAUAGACAAUAACGCGAUGAACGUACAGCGAAUCCCGAUAAGCGACAUAAUAUCGCACCCGGAGUACAAGCGCAGCACGAGUUACAACGACGUCGCCAUUUUGAAGCUGAAGACGAGGGUGCUGCUUUCUAACCUGGUCCAGCCUAUCUGCCUUCAAACCCAAUCUCUAAACCAAUUGACUAUAACGCCCAAGAUGUCUUUGAUAGUGAUCGGCUGGGGCGGUACGGAUUUCGGCGAGUCCUCCUCCACCAAGUUGAGGAGGACACCUAGCCUCAGACUCGUGGACAAAGAAGAAUGCGCCAAGCAUUACAGAGGAUAUCGAAAGUUACCCUUUGGCAUAUCCGACACCAUGAUCUGCGCCGUGGAUCCGAAUAGCACGAGGGGAUCGGACGCCUGUCAAGGCGACAGCGGAGGUCCACUGUUGCUGUUCACCGAGGAAGGCGUGAAAGUGAUCGGUAUCACGGCUUUCGGGCAAGGUUGCGGCGGUCCUGUCCCCGGUGUUUAUACCAUGGUGUAUUCCUACCUAGAGUGGAUCGAGGAGCAGGUGUGGACAAGCAAGAAGGAGAGCAAAGAUGUCCUGAAGACAGAGUUUAUUAAUCCUAUUAUUAACAUCUCUAUCACGCGCCACUGAGCACUCAUCUUACGACGUGUCGUCGUGCGCACCUCGGUGGCGAUCUUCGCGCAAUGGAAUUCAAUUUUGUCGCAGUUCUGUUCGAUUUAACAUGUCAAGUGCCGUGUCGGUCUUCGGUAACCGACGAAACAAAUUUAGUACACGUAUAUUAAAAAUUGACAAACUUUAAGAUUACUUUAGGAAAGAAUAUAGUAGCUGAAUAUUGUUUUUAUUGGUAUUAUAUAAACAGUAUACAGUAAUUUUAAUAAGUUUUAUUAAAACAAUUUAGGGAAAGACUGUCUUUGCAACUUUCUUAGUCACGUUUCUACCAAUAUUUCUAUUUUCUUCGUGACAAUUUUUACAAAAUCUUCCGACUUGGGACGCUGCAAACUCUGAUCUUGUGUUAUACUUACUACGCUGCAUCGAACUGUAUCGAACGGCGUAAAUGGAAAGAUAAACGAAAGUACUUGACGGCACUUGACGUGUUAAAUCGCGCGUGAUUAACUUUCAGUAUCGAAUCGUUAGAAAAUUAAAGUAAAAUGAUGAAAGAAUGAUUCGUGGUUUCGCGCGCCAAUUGUACGCACGCUAAAGAUUUUUCCAGAAGGUUGAAAGAUUGACGAAGGGAGAUUGAGAUACAAGAAAAGUUACCGCUGCGUCCCGACUAACAGUAAAUUUCGAGUUGUACCGUC